UCCAACUCGGCCGCAUAUUUAGUACUUCUGACGGGAAGGUGAGGUUAACUGCGAGACAAUAGAGUUCUUACAAGGAAGUGAGUCAGCACCGAAAAGUGGCGGAGAUGUGCACGCCGCCGCUCAGACGCCACCAGACAUCCACGACCGUCGGACGACAACGGGAGCGAGGACCCAGGAUGACAUUCGCAAGGCUGCUCUUUGCCUGCAUUCUAACUGAAUUGACUUUUUCGACACAAGCACUGGUGAGCGUCAGCAACGUUACAGCUGAGUGCGGCAAGCAAGUGGCAGUGCGCUGCAACGCGUCGUCGCGGAGGGACGGGCUCUCGGUCAAACACAUGGAGUGGUCCCAAAACCGCAAGCCUUUGUGUCAAGUGGACGGCGAGGGGAAAUUGAACCACAGCCGAAAGACAAAAAGCCCCUUCCGCUGCGAGUACAAAAGAGGCCAGCUGUCACUCAUCUUUGCAAAAGUGCAGCCGGAGGAUAGCGGCGCCUCAAACCGCUACAUGUGCAAACUGCGUUCAAACUGGGGGAUUUCACACGCAUAUAGCUGGAUAGAGCUGCAAGAGUGCUGCGGGGCGGCCAAAGGCGUCAUGUCCGAGGACGGUCCCGUCUGCACGUUCAGCUACGUCUAUCCCAACGCAGACGUGUUCUGGUCUCACGCUUCCCGAAGCCAGUCGGACGGACCUGUAAGGCAGAAGACAUUUAAAAGCGUGGGGGAAGGCGGGUGGCUGACCAUUCGCAGUCACUUGGAAUGGAAUCCCAACGGGACCUUCAAUUGUUCCCUGAGGAGCGCCGAUUCCGGAAGGCACAUUUCUUGUAAUUCAUCUGAGGAUGUUGAAUUCCUAAACUGGUCUGGACUGAAACUUCAGGCGUUUCCAGACAAGGUCAGGGAUGGAGCCCGAUCACUUCAACCUUUGAGGACGAUUCUGUUGAUGUCGAUCGUGCUUGUCGCCGUGCCGGUUUUGUUUAAGUAAUUUCGCAAGAUUGAUUACUGAUUAGACAUCGAUUCAGAAUGACAAUCAUCUUUAUUUUUAAAAACACGCAAUGAAUUUGUCUCCGCUAGUUGGUGCCGCUCUACGAGACAAAGAAUCGUUUUUGAGACAUUGUCAGAACAGUCACUGAGCAAUACAAGGUUGCUAGUAAGCUAGCAAUGACGGUACAAUUAUUAUAAUUUUUUUUUUCUGACAAUUUGACCAAGAUCUCGUGACAAUUUUGUGAUUUAUUAACAAUGAGGUACUGGGAUUUUGCGGAUGAACACCAAGGGAGUGCUUCUCGCAUGGUCCAAAGGUUUAUGAUUUUAUUUCUACUUCCUGAACGACGAGAAAGCGGGAGGUCAACAUGGCAAUAAACGGCAUUAUGUAUCUCACAAUUGGGUCAAAUACGUAUAUUAUGUGGACAUAGCUUGGCAUGAUUGUUUCUUUACUCUCUUCAAAAUGUCAACACACACAAGCAUUAAACCUUCAAGUAAUAGGUAAAAAUUUAGAAAGUUGAUUAGUGUGUCAGAAAUUUGGGGGGUGGGGGGGGAGCUCAUUGGUCAACCAGAACAAUACAUCAAAAUUAAGAUUGGUAUCUACAUUUCUGACGAAAGAUUGGAUACGUUAUUAGAUUUUUAUUGACAUUGAUAUAACAUAAAGUAGGCGGUGUGGGGGAGCAGCUGGUAACGCAUUGGCCUAAACAGUUCUGAGGAUCCGUGAUCGAUCCCGGACCCGCCUGCGUGGAGUUUGCAUGUUCUCUGUUGUGCCUGAGUGGGUUUUCUCCGGGCACUUCGGUUUCCUCCCGCAUCCCAAAAGCAUGCAACAUUAAUUAGACCCUCUAAAUUGCCCCUAGGUGCGAUUGUGAGUGCGACUGUUUGUCUCGAUGUGCCCUGCGAUUGGCUGGCAACCAGUUCACGUUGUAUCCUGCCUUCUGCCUGUUGGCAGCUGGGAUAGCCUCCAGCACUACUCGCGACCCUCGUGAGGAUAAGCGGGAAAUAAAAUGGAUGGAUGGAUGGAUGGAUGGAUGGAUGGAUGGAUGGA